GUCGGCCAGAGCUAGCUCGGUGUAGACGUCACGUGAUCAACCGCGUGUUUGUAGCAUUGUACUUUGUUAAGUGUUACAUAGUUCUUGUACACGCUCGUGUCUUCAGUGUCUCUUCUAUCUUGUUUUUCUUGGUCAUGGCACCAUUGUAGAAUACUGUGAGAGAGGCAAAGAAUUAGAAAAAUAGCAGAGGAGGUUUGAAUCACGAGUUGCGACUCGUGGCCCACUGGCCGCCGAGGAAAAGCUCAGGAAAUACAUAAGACGGAAGCCACCAAGUCGAGGGAGAAGGAGACAUCGUGCAGCAUGUCGGCUGUAGAUAAAGAGAACGAUGAUCAAUGGGCCGGAGAUGGCAAGAAUGGUCCGAGUGAGGAACAGUCGUACGCUGGGCCACCGGGCAUGGACCCAGAUGGCGUCAUCGAAUCCAAUUGGGAAGUUGUCGUCGACAACUUUGAUGAUAUGAACCUCAAAGAAGAGUUACUUCGUGGUAUUUAUGCUUACGGUUUUGAAAAGCCAUCUGCUAUCCAGCAAAGAGCAAUUUUACCUUGUGUCAAAGGGCACGACGUUAUUGCUCAAGCCCAGUCAGGUACUGGUAAAACUGCUACGUUUUCUAUUUCCAUCCUUCAGAAGAUUGACACUAGUAUGAAUGAGUGUCAGGCUCUGAUUCUUGCCCCAACCAGAGAGUUGGCUCAGCAGAUUCAGAAAGUAGUCAUCGCCCUUGGAGAUUUCAUGCGUGCGCAAUGCCACGCUUGCAUUGGUGGAACGAAUGUUCGCGAAGACAUGCGCCGCUUGGAUGCUGGAGUCCAUGUGGUUGUUGGUACUCCAGGACGAGUAUACGAUAUGAUUAGCCGACGUGCUCUGCGAGCAAACAGUAUCAAGCUAUUCGUGCUGGACGAAGCAGAUGAAAUGCUUUCAAGAGGUUUUAAGGAUCAGAUUUAUGACGUAUUUAAGCUCUUAUCUAGCGAAGUACAGGUCAUUCUACUUUCGGCUACUAUGCCUGCUGAUGUGCUUGAAGUAUCGAAAUGCUUUAUGCGAGAGCCAGUCAAGAUUCUCGUCAAGAAGGAAGAGCUGACUCUUGAGGGUAUCAAGCAGUUUUUCAUUUAUAUUGAACGCGAAGACUGGAAACUUGACACUCUUUGCGAUCUGUACGAUACUUUGAGUAUUACUCAGGCUGUCAUUUUCUGUAACACUCGUCGCAAGGUCGAUUGGCUUACCGACAGUAUGCAUCAGAAAGACUUCACAGUGUCAGCCAUGCAUGGUGACAUGGAACAGCGUGAACGUGAUCUCAUUAUGAGACAAUUCCGCACUGGAUCUUCCCGCGUAUUGAUCACUACUGAUUUACUCGCUCGUGGAAUUGAUGUACAGCAAGUCUCCCUGGUCAUUAAUUAUGACUUACCUUCAAAUCGUGAAAAUUAUAUUCACAGAAUUGGUCGUGGUGGACGAUUCGGUCGUAAGGGUGUUGCGAUUAACUUCGUCACUUCAGAAGAUAAAAGAACAUUAAAAGACAUCGAACAAUUUUAUAACACACACAUUGAUGAAAUGCCAAUGAACGUUGCCGAUUUGAUCUAAGUCCUCGACGCUUGGUUCAAUUCGCUCUAAUACAAAACGAUAAAAAGCAUUUCUGGGCGCCAAACAAGCGGGGAAGAAUAUUUUGGGAAAUAAAGAUCAAAUUAUCCAAAUGAUAUGCACUCUCGUGACUCGAUCACCCUUCUAAAAAAUCCUUAAAAUCUUAAAUACACUUCCUUGCAUCGAAGAUAUCUGCAAUCAAUUUAUUGUUACCUUUUUUUGCUAUGGUCAUGGAAAUGAAAAAAAGAUCGUU